AUGGGACCUCGUACGGCAGUGAGUGGUUCUAAGGAGGAGAAAGCCGUCUGCCCGUCUGCAGGUGGAGGUUGUGCAGGGCCGGCCAAGCCCCGGCUGAGAAGCAGCAGUGAUGGACACAUUUACACCAGGAGAGCGGUCGCUGCACACAGCACGUCCUCCAACCUGGUGCUCUUCAACCCCAAAUCAGUCCUGAAGAGACCAGUGAGCACAGAGGAGCUGCAAACACCAGGAGGCCCCUACAUCAAGAAAACCUUUACAAUCGUGGGGGAUGCGGUGGGUUGGGGGUUUGUAGUCAGAGGGAACCAGCCGUGUUAUAUCCAGGCCGUGGAGCCCUCCGGCCCAGCUUCUGCCGCAGGAAUGAAGGUUCGACAGUUUGUCGUUUCAGUCAACGGUCUCAAUGUUCUGGAUCUGGACUACCGGACUGUCAGCCACCUGAUCUUAACAGGACCCAGAACCGUAGUGAUGGAGGUGAUGGAGGAGACAGGGCAGGAUCACUGAGAUUCAGAAAAAAAAGGAUGACUCGAGAGUACAAUCUGAGAUUGCCAUGAAAAGGGUCCGACUUUAAG